AAACCACUAAAACAAACAAAUUUGACAAAUAUUUCUAUCAAAACAUACAAAUCUGUUGUUAUAAUUACCGAAAAUGAUUUAUCACUUAUAUAUUGUCGAUGCCUUUGUUGUUGACAACCAGUCCUUCACCGGUAAUCCGGCGGCCGUAUGCCUAUUGGACUUUGAUGACGACAUCACAGAUGAUAUCAAACAGAAAAUAGCGUCCGAAAUGAACUUAAGUGAGACAGCAUUUGUGGCCAAGAGUUGGACAAAAUCACUAAAUGUUUCGCCAAAUAACUAUACAUUGAGAUGGUUUACACCCACUAAUGAGGUCGAUCUUUGUGGUCACGCGACUCUGGCUACCGCUUGUGUUAUAUUUAAUGAAAUACUAAAAAAUUCAAAUGAAAAUAUCAUUAAAUUUGAAACUAAGUUCAAAGGAUACCUUAAUGCCAUCUAUUCUGGCAAUGGAUUAAUAACUCUGAAUUUUCCAGUUAAUGAUAGCAAACCAUUAACUGGUUAUCAAUGGAUUCCUGAUAUUAUAAGAUAUACAUUAGGACCACAUUUGAGUGAUAAAAGUGUAGAAGAAGUUGAAUACUCAAGUGGUACUAAAAAAAUAUUGUUAAGAUUAAAGGAUAGCUUGCAAUCGGAAAUUAUCCAUAAAGUAGUUCCGAAUUUUGCAGAACUCUUAAAUAUUGAUACAAACGGUAUGGUUAGAGGUAUUAUUGUCACCAAAAAGUCUGAAAGAGUUCAUUUCUUGUCGAGAUAUUUUUCUCCGUGGAAUGGCAUCAAUGAAGAUCCGGUCACGGGAUCGGCGCACACAGUACUUACUCCCUAUUGGUUACGACAAUAUAAUAAAGUCGGUACUGAGUUGGAUCAACUCAUUGGACAUCAAUGCUCUCGCAGAGGAGGUAUUAUUUAUUGUCGUUUAGCAGAAGAUAGGGUUAAGUUAAGUGGAAAUACCAAAAUCGUAGUCUCGGCUCAAAUCAAUGUAUGACUAAUUCAUUUACUUAAA